GCCAAGUGUCCGAAAUUGUGGUGGAAAAGAUGAAAUUUUAUUUCUCUUGUAACGGUUUGGUGACUUUGUAGUGUCCGCAGACUAGCAAGCGCCGUGCCGCUUCUGGUCCAGUGCCAUAGUACACCAAAGGCUAAUGCGUAUAAAUAUUGUUCUCCUUGCUGGUAGAGGCAUCAGUUUAUCCGCAGCAUUCGUUCUAGUACCUUGUCUUAGCGACAUCAUCAAACGCAGGAAAUCCAGAAUGUUUAAGAUUGUUGCUUUGGUUGCCUGUCUGGCUAUUGCCGUUUCUGCCGAAUACUACUUGGGAGAGCAUGUGGAACACAAGGAAUAUCAUUCGCAUCCUAAGUACAAGUUCGAAUACGGUGUGAAGGAUUCCCACACCGGUGAUCACAAGAGCCAGUGGGAACACCGCGACGGAGAUGUAGUCGUGGGAUCGUACACGCUCGAGGAAGCCGACGGUACUCACCGUGUUGUGUCCUACAACUCCGACGAUCAUAACGGCUUCCAGGCUCACGUACAACGAGUAGGACAUGCUCAUCACCCACAUGGAGAAAGUUACGCUAACAUCGAUCAGCAUCACUGAAGACUGCGGUAUGGUGCAGUGUCAGUGUUCCCCACCACUAGUUAACUGUUGAUAGUUGUGUAAAUUUAGAAUGCCAAAACAAUAAAAUGUUCCUCACUUGUGCAUCGAGUUCAGCACGGUCAUCAUAA